AGCCUGGGAAUUCGGAGACCGCUGAUCUGCCCUCGACCCUGCCCGCACUUCUCGCUUUCCUAGGAGGAAGAUCCGGAGCGCGAGGGAGAGGCGACAGCAUGAGCCCGUGUUGACCUCCGCGCGGCGGGCCAAGCCCCGGGCUUUGUGGCCGGCCCUGCGCCCGGCCCGCGCCGCCACUCUGUGCCCAGCCUUUGCAAUCUUUUGUUGGCAGCGCUGACCGCUCCAAGUUAAAUGCUCUCUUGCUAUUUUCCUUUUUUUGUUUGUUUGUUGAAUUUUUGGAGAGCGCUUGAUAUAUCUUGGAAAAGUCUCAGACGCCAUCUACAGUUAAAACGUAGGUAACUGCCCUCUCCGGCACCCCCCCCCCACUUCCACGCCCCCCACCCUUUCCACCAAAAAAGGGGGUGCAGCGCGGAUCUGGCCGCCGUGCGUCGCGAGCCGGUGGACCCGUGCUUAGUUCCUUUUCCUUUUUCUGGGGUGUCCUUUUCCUUUUUCUUUGGGUCAGACCGAGCCGCCGCCGUGCGCUCCCCGAAGACGCACAAACUACAGCGGGGCUCCUCCGCCCGGUCCGCGAGUGGGAAGCCUGCCUGGGGACCGCCUCGGGAAACCGGCGCCGCAGCUCCCCUCCUUAGCAGUCCGGUUACUCAUCUCGAUCCACGGUGGGAACAGACAGAGAGGAAAACUAAAAGUGAGGCGCUGCUGCACAUCGCUGCCUGCUCGGGGGUAACAAAAGGACCCGAGCUGCCCGCCGACCGCGUCCCCCGCACCGGGAGCCGGACUCGGAGCAUACACGGUGCCCGGCGGCACCUUCUGGGGAAUCCUCACCCUUUCUCCCCACAGCCCCCCUUUCCCGUCCCCUCGUCUCUCAUCCCCUUUUUAAAUCCGCGGCACGGAGGCGCCUGCAGCCGCACUCGCCAGCGACUCAUCUCUCCAGCGGGCUUUUUUGUUUGUCGUGCGCGAUCCCCACACUCAUGAACAUACACAGGUCUACCCCCAUCACAAUAGCGAGAUAUGGGAGAUCGCGGAAUAAAACCCAGGAUUUCGAAGAGCUGUCGUCUAUAAGGUCCGCUGAGCCCAGCCAGAGUUUCAGCCCGAACCUCGGCUCCCCGAGCCCGCCCGAGACUCCGAACUUGUCGCAUUGCGUUUCUUGCAUCGGGAAAUACUUAUUGUUGGAACCUCUGGAGGGAGACCACGUUUUUCGUGCCGUGCAUCUGCACAGCGGAGAGGAGCUGGUGUGCAAGGUGUUUGAUAUCAGCUGCUACCAGGAGUCCCUGGCACCAUGUUUUUGCCUGUCUGCCCAUAGCAACAUCAACCAAAUCACCGAAAUUAUCCUGGGUGAGACCAAAGCCUAUGUGUUCUUUGAGCGAAGCUAUGGGGACAUGCAUUCCUUUGUCCGUACCUGCAAGAAGCUGAGGGAGGAGGAGGCGGCCAGACUGUUCUACCAGAUCGCCUCGGCUGUGGCCCACUGCCACGACGGGGGGCUGGUGCUGAGGGACCUCAAGCUGCGGAAAUUCAUCUUUAAGGACGAAGAGAGGACUCGGGUCAAGCUGGAGAGCCUGGAAGAUGCCUACAUUCUGCGGGGAGACGAUGACUCCCUGUCUGACAAGCACGGCUGCCCGGCCUACGUCAGCCCCGAGAUCCUGAACACCAGCGGCAGCUACUCGGGCAAAGCGGCCGACGUGUGGAGCCUGGGCGUGAUGCUCUACACCAUGCUGGUGGGCCGCUACCCUUUCCAUGACAUUGAGCCCAGUUCUCUCUUCAGCAAGAUCCGGCGUGGCCAGUUCAACAUUCCAGAGACUCUGUCACCCAAGGCCAAGUGCCUCAUCCGAAGCAUUCUGCGGCGGGAGCCCUCAGAGCGGCUGACCUCACAGGAGAUUCUGGACCAUCCUUGGUUUUCUACAGAUUUUAGCGUCUCGAAUUCAGGAUACGGUGCUAAAGAUUUGUCUGACCAGCUGGUGCCAGAUGUCAACAUGGAAGAGAACUUGGACCCUUUCUUUAACUGAGCUGCUCACCCCCCCACAGAGACAUAGCAGGUACCAGGAGCGAGAGAGGGCCACGGGAAGUUCCUCCAGGGAACACAGAUUGCCUGGCGGGGUAGCAGGAAAGACACUCAGACUCACACGUUUCUUGGUUCAGAGAAGGCAAACCUUCAAGGAGCUGACUUAACCUGUAGCAUGGGGUCAACAGACGUGGGAUGAGGGUUGGGGUCAGGUGGAUGGGAGCCCCCUGGAGUUUCUCUUCCCUGGGAGACCACCCCUUGCCAGAUGGGCCAUUUCCACCUACCCCACUUUUUGUUUUGUUCAAAAAUAGUUGCAGAUUCUGACAGAAUUGAAACUCUGCCUCAAACACACAUCUUGGCAUCGCACUGUUAGCAUUUAACUUCUUGUUAUGAUUCAGGGAAGGAACAAUUGGCCACCGAGGAAUUUAAAAAAAAAAAACAAGCCAACCACCUAUUUGAUCAUUAAUGGGGUUCACUUAAAAAAAUUUGGUGCACACAGACUGACAUGAAACCUGGGUGCUAAACUAAAGGAAAACAAAAGUCCAGUUUGUGUCUUUUAAUCGCUCUCUUCAAUUCAUUUCUUCUAAAUAAACUAUUUAAUAUCCUGGUCAGGAAAUGACAUGUUAAUGCUUCGCUCCCUGAAAGGGAAAAAAUCUGUCCUUUAACAAGCUCUUCUGUUUUAUGUCAAUUGGUUUGUGGCAGGAAGCUAUUAGAAGUCAAACUUCCAGAUGCAUUACUGCUAUCAUAGUUUAAAGGGGAGAAAAAGGGGAAGAGGAAAGGAGAAGAGAAAUUCAACCCCUUUUUCAGUUUUUUUCUUUGGGCGAUGAGGGUUUGCACUACAGGAACGUCCUCUUUGCGGAGAGGCUGCAGUGCUCGGAGACAGCAGGAAGCUUCUGGAGUCUGAUGCUUUUGCAGCACUCUCAUCUCCACUAGACAUUUUGUCCUCGUUUCAUAGGAAACUCGUGAAACGAAGCAGGUUGUCCCACAUGUAUAAAAUACAGGGCAGCUAUUUAGUUUUCAUUACGAAGGAUGAUCCUUUUGGCUUGGAAGGCCCUCUAGUUUGGACAAAAACCCUCAGUAAAGACAAGCAGGAAGGAUAAUAAAGCUGAAAGCUAAGUUGAUAUAGAUAAAAACAGCUCUCUAUCCCAAUACGCACCUUUGUAUUUUCAAGAACUCUUCUAUUUAUUAAGGAAAAUGUCACAUUGUGAUGUAUUAAGCCAGUACUUCAAUUACGGGUUGACUUGGGAUGACAUGUUACAUGCUGUAGUUAACAUUUAUAAUUUUUUUUCUUGUUGAGUAUUUCUGUCUCUGAAAUAACCUUUUAUUUGGCUUCUCUAGAUAGCUUUAUUUGAUUUUAAGUGGCAAUUUUUUUUUAUUAUGGCUUUUCUAUUGCUGUAUGAUACAGAACUCUUUUGGCAUAAAUAUUUGUGUUUCCAGUACCUCAGUUGUUUGGAUUUUGCUGCCUGUAUAUGUUUUGUGAAAUGGUCAUGUUUUUGGGUAGAUAACACGUGGACUCUAGUAUGUAAAUGUUACUUGAAUCUGUGCUUCAUUAUAGUACGUGGCAUGUAUGUGCAGGCUCUUGGAUGCUUUAUGCCUGCUCAGCAGGAGCCCUGUCCUCCAUGUUCCCAGGAGGGCGGCUUCACCAUUCAUAAUCAGGAGACAAGGCGGCCAUGGAUUUGCCCUUGAUUCUAUUUUGAUAAUGGAAGAUAUAAAGGACAGAGGUUUUUAUUUACAUUCUGAAGAUGGUGCUGUGUCAAGAAGGACCUUUUUUUCUUCCCUCUCCCCUAUUUUUUAAGUACCUUGUAGGAGGAAAGGUUGGUGACAUGCACGGUGGAAAUCUAUGGCCUCUGGUGCUUUGUCCUGUAUCUGGUUUAAUGUUUUUGUCCUAAUCUCUUCAAUCAAUAAAAUUGUGCGUAUUUAACUAAAA